CUCUUCUCUCUCUUUAAACCCCUUUCGUCCUCUCCAAAACCCUCUUUUAUUUCUCUGCUAGCGCUCGACCUCGACAGCCUCGAACCUCUGCACAAUCCAAUCAUGAGCUCCUUCCCCAACUCCACCGCCGGCUUCGACAACCUCCUCCUCCAAACCCUAAUCAGCCGCCUCCAAAUCCGCCCCCCUCCUCCGCACCUCCUCUUCGACGCCGUCAACAACCUCUCCGACCUCGACGGCGACGAGGACGACGACGAGGACGGCGACGGUUACGGCGCCGACGAGUCCGAUCCCGGCCGGUCCCGGCUCGCGAGGGAGGAGGCCAGGCUCGAGAGGGAGAUCGUCAAGGUCGUCCUCUCCGGGAAGACCGACUCGCUCAAGCCCAACUCGGGCCAGGCCGUCACGAUCGGCGAGCACCAUAUCUGCGUCGGGUUCCACGAGGAGACCGGCUCGGAUUACCGCGUGUGGGAGUGGCACGGGCACAUCAUGCUGUUCGACGACGAGAACGGGUACUCACCGGAGUACAUAUACGGGAAUUACUUCGAGAGGUUGAAGAGUAAGGCGCGCGAAGUCAAGGAGGAGGAGGAGGAGGAGGAGGAGGAGGAGGAAGAGGUGGAGGAGAAGAAGGAGGAGAAGGUGGGGAAUUUGGGGUUGAGGGAGUUGAUCGACGGGAGUGAUUCCGGCGGUGGUCGGAUUCUUCACAGGCACUUGAACGGGGCUUUACCAGGUUUUAAUAAAGCUCACCCAGAUAUUGCGGAGAAAUGAAAUAGAACUGGGAAGGAGAUAUUGCUGAAUGGUGUUUUUUCCUGUUGUCCAUUAGAAAUGACCUGUGUAAAGCCUCCAUCGUCUCUGGGGCUCGUCAAGGUUCAGGAUUUGUGAUUCUGCCGGUGUCAUUUCUGAGUCAAUAUAUGCAAGCCGGACAAUACAGAAGACUCAUAUAAGCCUGUGUGGCUGAAUAAAGGGGCUACUUUUUGUUGGAUGUACUUUUGUUGCAGUUCCUUUUCCCCUCUCGAGCUGUUUUAGAGCCCGCUGUUUGCUUAAGUACACACCUUUAUUGAAAGCCAAAAAGCAAAUUGCAAGGCUAGAUGAUGACAUUGGUUCCAUUGGCUAUGCUGUACUCAUACUCUAGAUAUGGAAAUACUCAUCCAUAUUUUCUUGCACUUGCAUCAUUGGAUGAUAUAAGGUAGGAAACUUUACAA